AUGCAAUGGAAAAAAUUAAUUUUCUUCCUAUUUGUCGGCUGUUUUGGCUUAAAAAUAGCAUAUUUGGAUGGUGAUGUGCAAUUACAACCGGCACCAUCAACAAUUAACAAAACAAAAAGUGAUAUUCAUGGUUUACCGGGAUUGGAAUUUCGUAUUAAUUCGAAAGGUUUUUUAUAUGCUAGCCUUCUAGCCGGUCCAAUUAUUAACAAUGAAAUUAGACGUUUUCAAUUACAACCAUUAAAGCAAUGUUUUCAACAGUUUAAUGGUUGUAUCACAAUUUCAAACUUGGUCAUUUCACGAUAUCGAUGUCCACAAUUGGUAUCACUUCAUCCUUCACCACCUAAUCGUCUCAUUCUCAUCAUUCGAAAUCUCGAUCUUGAAAUAAGAGCAAAUAUUAAUGGUGAAAUUGGAGUAAUACUACCUGUUAAGCUCAACAAUACUGUAUAUUUACGUAUCCAUCAGAUUUCGGUAACAAUUCAAUUUACCGUUCAACAUACAUUAAAUGGAUCUCCAUAUGUUCGUAUUGUUAGGUGUUAUGUCUCUACUGGUCUUAGCGAUGUUUUUUUACAAAAUGAUGAUUUUGUUGGAAAUAUUUUCAAUACUUAUUUUCGGGUAAAUUGA